GCAGCCAUACCCGGGUACCCGGGCCGGCCUAACGUACGUACAUGAUGUAACUCACGCUCUAUACUCAUGGCUCGCUAAGUUCCUCACGCGUACGGAUACCCACAAUUAAGUCCAGAUUUACAUGGUAUUGAUAGCCCAUUUGACGGUAAAAAUGUUACGUCCAGGAUUAGUAUUACCUGUGCUCUGUAGAUACCUGUCAAGCACAGAGGCGGUUCUCUCGAGCUCCAAGAAAAAUCUACAGCAGCUCAGGAAAAGGACUGGCUUCAGCUUUGCCAACUGUCGCAAGGCACUGGAUAAAUUUGGCAAUGAUUUGAACCAGGCAGAGGCCUGGCUUCAGGAGCAGGCCCAGAAAGAAGGCUGGAGCAAGGCCACCAAGCUGAAAGGUCGGACCACGGCCCAGGGACUCAUCGGGGUCAUGAGGGAGGGAAACCAGGCCACCAUGGUUGAGGUGAAUUGCGAGACAGACUUUGUGGCCAAGAACAGUGAAUUUCAAGGAUUUGUGGGCCAGGCAGCAGCAGCGACACUGCGACAGUUUAGCAUCAGACAAAGGGAGAUUAAAGACUCGACUGGUGUUGCCAAAAUUCUUUACAGCAGUGACGAAAUGAAAGAAUUCAGUGUCGACGACCAGAAGAAUCUCCAGGACCAAGCUGCGCUGACCAUUGGCAAAAUAGGGGAGAAUAUGACACUGAACAGGGCCCUGUGCAUGAUGGCUCCUGCUGACCAUUUCAUUGGAACGUAUGUGCACUCUGUUCAGCAGCGGCAGCAGAAGUCCAAGUGCAUGGUGGGUAAAUACGGCGCCCUCGUUGCUUUCAGAAGGACAGAAGACGCAUUGACCGAAUUCCGUCCGGAUGACAUUGGCCGGCGUCUGUGCCAGCACAUUGUGGGAAUGAGUCCACUGACUGUGGGAGAGCACGCCGAGGUGACUAAAGUAGAAACCACCAGAGAGCAAGAACCAAAGCCAGUGGGCUCGAGUGAAGGUGAGGACAGCAAAGUGGAGACAGAGAUGCUGAGACAGGAGUACCUCCUAGACCCCACAAUCACCGUCGGGGAGCUCAUCCGCCAGGAGAGCCUGGAGAUCGUAGACUUUGCGCGGUUUGAGUGCGGGGAGUCUUCCGCCGCGGUCGGGGACUCGUGAGAUGAAAGGCUGACCUCAAGACUUGGUUCCUAGGAUAAAAACAAAACCUCCAAGCUAGUGGUUCUUUGGUAGGUUAUGGGACGUUGACAAGGUAUUUUAUAAAUUGCAGAACAGGUCUCUCAGAUGUCUGUGUUGGAAAAAAGAAGGGGACUUAAGCCUGACACUCUUAUGUCAGGCACUCAUGUACCUAUGUACAAUAUCCGCUCAUCAGGUGUCUCGUGUACACGUAUUCAUUUCUGUUUGAUAUAGGAAAGGGUUCAUCCUCAUCCUCCAAUUUCUCUUUUUGUGCGAAAUGUACGGCAGAAGUACAUGGACCACUGGCUUGUAUUCUGUGUGGGUUGUCCACUUUUCGACUAAUGCCAUGAAAUGCUGGUUUGUCCAUUAGAGUUUUGUUGGCCAUUUCCCACAUUGGUUUACCUAUUUCUUCGGCAUUUCCACGUAUUCAAAACCCAGUGGCACCUUCAUAAGUUUUACUCCCCUUUAAGAUGAAAUUGCAGAAAUUGGACACGGGUAAGAGAAAAUAAUUUCCGUUAUUGGUACUAUGUAUUUGAGGUAUCUAAUGGAUUGUAAUAUGUGGGAAAAACAUAGUACAGGUUCUCCAUCCACCAUUUCUUUCAAAAACAAAUGUCCCAUCCACAGUGAAGUGUACAAAUAAGGCACGUUGUCAUAUUGUUACAACUGGAGAUCAGUGCCAUGUCCUACGUGUAUAUCCCAUGCAAUUUAUCCUGGGGAUCUUGGCAAGUGGUCCUUGGUAGUAAAAAUAUAGGUCCAGUCUUAUGUACGAUGUCACUUAACCAUUUCCUACUGGGCGACCUGUUUUCGAGUACCUAGGCUUUAUACAUGAAGCCGGGGAGCCCGAAGCCGGGACAAAAGAGUUGGGCCUUGUAACAAAAGACCUCAG